AUGUAUCCAGCUUGGCAGAACAUUCCUCACAAGUGGCCUGAUAUAAUUGAUUAUUUUGAGCAGUUUAGACCAAUCCUGAAGUGCAUAACUGUGACAUGGAGAUUGCCUGCAAGGGGUUGGUAUAAGUACAAUAGUGAUGGUGCUUCAAAAGAGAAUCCAGGUCCUAGUUCAGUGGCUUUUUGCAUUAGGAAUGAUAAUGGGGAUCUUGUAUAUGCAACAGCUCAAAAGAUUGCAGAUGGGAACAACUUAGUUGCUGAAGCUGUGUCCAUCAAACAAGGAGUUGAGUAUUGUAUGGAACAUCAACUAUAUCCUUUGUUGGUGGAAAUUGAUUCCUUAGCUACGAAGAUGUUCAUCAGAGGAAUAUGGAAGGACACAGAUCUUGCGAGUCAGCACUUUUGUCGUGCAGUAGAGACCGAUCCUUGCAUUAUUAUUCACGCGGAUUACCCUUUAAGAAAUCAGCUAUGCUUUCUUGAUUUUUCCAAUCAUGGUGUUGUGAGGAAAAUCAGGACCCCUUUUGCAAACUCUGUCCCGGAAUUUAAAGUGGUCGGUUCGUGUAACGGUCUAUUGUGCAUAUGUGAUUCUCUGUUUAGUGAUGCACUUUAUGUGUACAAUCCUUUUACAAGGGACUACAAACAGCUCCCUAGAUCAGUAGAAUUUGAGGUACAAAAAUUGAUUUUGGGAUUUGGCUUUCAUCCUGUUACCAAAGAGUACAAGGUGAUCAAGAUCAUAACUUAUGCCAAUAUGUAUAAUCAUGCCUCAGCCUCAGGGCGUUAUCGUAGGUCUCGAGUUCCCUGUUUUGGUAAAUCGGACGUUCAAGUACUUAGUCUUGGUACUAGCAACAGAUGGAGGAGUGUUGGAGAAAAUGUUUAUCGUUUUGAUCCGAAUUCUCAAGGAUUUGUGUUGAACGGGAAGAUCCAUUGGUUGACUCGAUUUAGUAAGUACUAUGGACGUUUUGAUAGGCUUAUCGUUUCGUUUGAUUUGGCUGAUGAGGUAUUUGGUGAAGUACCAAAAGUUGAUUUUGGCAUAAAGGAAAGAAAUAUUCAGUAUCAUCUUGCAGUUCUUGGAGAUUGUCUUGCUGUUGCACUAAGUUUGCCAGACUAUGAAGGGGGUGGAUUUGAAAUUUGGGUAAUGAGAGAAUACAAUGUCAAAGAAUCUUGGGUGAAGGAGUUCAAAAUUGGGGCUUAUACACCAAAUGCAAAUUCUGUCACACAACAUAUACAGCCAUUGGUGAAAUGUCUAUGCGUGUUGAAAAAUGGAGAGAUCUUGCUUGAGUACAAAGGUGGAAAUCUUGUUUCAUAUGAUCCUAAAAAUUGUGUCUUUAGGACACUAAGGUUUCUAGGGAUGCCUAAUUUGUUUAAGACAUUUGUUCAUGUAGGUUGCCUUAAUUGGAUUGAUAUCCCACCUGCAAAUGUUUUACAAAAUUAG